GCUCAGCCUGCGGGAAGGGCGGGCGGGGAGCUGGUUCUUCCCCCUCGCGCCGUGCUGGGCCCUGCGAGUCAGCGGCCUGUGUCGCCAUGGGGCGGCUGGUGACGCUGGGCUUGCUGGGGAUCGCAGUGGCGCUCCUGGGCGAGAGGCUGCUGGCGCUCAGAAAUCGACUUAAAGCCUCCAGAGAAAUUGAAUCCAUAGACCUUCCAAACUGCCACCUAAUUAAAGGAAUUGAAGCUGGCUCUGAAGAUAUUGACAUUCUUCCCAAUGGCCUGGCUUUCUUUAGUGUGGGUCUUCAAUUUCCAGGACUCCACAGCUUUGCACCAGAUAAACCUGGAGGAAUAUUAAUGAUGGAUCUAAAUGAAGACAAACCUAGGGCACUGGAAUUAAGAAUCAGCCGAGGGUUUGAUUUGGCUUCCUUUAAUCCACAUGGCAUCAGCACAUUCAUAGACAAUGAUGACACAGUUUAUCUCUUUGUUGUAAACCACCCUGAAUUCAAGAAUACAAUAGAAAUUUUUAAAUUUGAAGAAGAAGAAAAUUCUCUGUUGCACCUGAAAACAAUCAAGCAUGAGCUUCUUCCCAGCACAAAUGAUAUCAUAGCCAUUGGACCAAUGCAUUUCUAUGCCACCAAUGACCACUACUUCUCUGAUCCUUUCUUAAAGUAUUUGGAGACAUACUUGAAUUUACACUGGGCAAAUGUUGUUUACUACAGUCCAAAUGAAGUUAAAGUGGUAGCAGAAGGAUUUGAUUCAGCAAAUGGGAUCAAUAUUUCACCUGAUAAAAAGUACAUCUAUGUGGCUGACUUAUUGGCUCAUGAAAUUCAUGUGUUGAAAAAACAGCCUGAUAUGAAUUUAACUCAAGCAAAGGUACUCUCACUGGAUACCCUGGUGGAUAAUUUGUCUAUUGAGCCUUUCUCGGGGGACAUCUGGGCUGGUUGUCAUCCUAAUGGCCAGAAGCUAUUCGUGUAUGACCCAAGCAAUCCUCCCUCAUCAGAGGUUUUGCGCAUCCAGAACAUUCUAUCCGAGAAGCCUACAGUAACAACAGUUUAUGCCAACAAUGGAUCUGUCCUUCAGGGAAGCUCUGUGGCCUCAGUCUACAAUGGCAAGCUGCUCAUCGGCACUUUAUACCACAGAGCUUUAUACUGUGAACUCUAAAUUGUGUUUUUGGUAUAUAAGUGUGAUAACCUCUAACAAUUAAUUUUCUAUGAGUCACUCAUUUUGAGGGAAUUUAACCAGCAAUAUUGACCCAGAUUUGUAUGGCAAAUAUAGUUAAUUUUAUUGCAGCAAGGAAAGUCUCCUUCAGUUCUUAUAGCAUUUUUAACAUAAAAGGAAAAUGAACAUUUGUUUAAUGCCAAGCAAGGGAGAGGAAGGAAAACUGCUUUCCUGUAAAAUGAGUAUAUUUUGCAAACAUGUGCCUCACCUUUGCCUUCCAACUACAGAACCUCAUGAGUCCACUGAAACAGGUGAAUUGUCUCCUAAAAGUGUUAAGUGACCUCAAUUUCCACCUGGUGUCCACUGUGAGUGUUCAGAACUACUGACAGAUAACGUUGUGAAGUUUUGUAUUCACAUCUUUGUUUACUAUUAAAGAGGUGAAAUUAUAUUAAAGACUAACACAUCCAA